CGCGGCGAAAGAGUGCGCGCCAAGUCCGCGCUGUGUUUGUGAUGCACACCGGCGCCACCGCAGCCCCGGAGGCCGCCCCAGGGUUGGGGGUGCCCGAGGAGGUGCGGCCGGCGGGGAGAGAGCUCGGGGCCCCGCGCCGCCGCGCGCUCGCGGGCUGCUGGCUCGCAGGGGACAGACAGGAACCGGAGCAGUACUGCCGCCUCUGGCGCGAGCGCUCAGCGCCUCCUCCCGCCCCAGCCACUGUGGCUCGGCGCGCGCGGCCGGCGGCUGCCCUUUCCGCCUCCGGGGAAGCAGACUCACGGGCCUCUGUGGGGCUUGCACCAUGGCUUCGGGCCGGAGGGGCUGGGACAGUUCCCACGAGGACGAUCUGCCCGUGUACCUGGCCAGGCCGGGCACCACCGACCAGGUCCCGAGGCAGAAGUACGGCGGCAUGUUCUGCAACGUGGAGGGCGCCUUCGAGAGCAAGACGCUGGAUUUCGAUGCCCUGAGCGUGGGGCAGCGGGGCGCCAAGACCCCCAGGAGCAGCCAGGGCAGCACCCGCGCCACGGGGAGCCGGUCUGGAGAGGAGAGGGACUCCCCGCGCAAGGGCCAAGGCCGGCAGGACAGCGGGGAGCCCGCGGCGGCGUCGCCCGCGCCAGCCGGGGUGGAGAUCCGGAGCGCCACCGGCAAAGAGGUGCUGCAGAACCUCGGUCCCAAGGACAAGAGUGACCGUCUCCUGAUCAAGGGAGGCAGAAUCGUCAAUGAUGACCAGUCCUUUUACGCCGACAUCUACAUGGAGGAUGGCUUAAUAAAGCAAAUAGGAGACAAUCUGAUUGUCCCUGGAGGAGUGAAGACCAUCGAAGCCAACGGGAAGAUGGUGAUCCCUGGAGGCAUUGAUGUCCACACUCACUUUCAGAUGCCGUACAAAGGGAUGACCACUGUAGAUGACUUUUUUCAAGGGACCAAGGCUGCCUUAGCAGGGGGCACCACUAUGAUCAUUGAUCAUGUGGUGCCUGAGCCUGAGUCCAGCCUGACCGAGGCCUAUGAGAAGUGGCGUGAGUGGGCCGAUGGGAAGAGCUGCUGUGACUAUGCCUUGCACGUGGACAUCACCCAUUGGAACGACAGUGUCAAGCAGGAAGUGCAGAGCCUCAUCAAGGACAAAGGGGUUAACUCUUUCAUGGUUUACAUGGCCUACAAGGAUUUGUACCAAGUGUCCAACACGGAGCUCUAUGAGAUCUUCACCUGCCUAGGAGAAUUAGGGGCCAUUGCCCAAGUUCAUGCUGAGAAUGGGGACAUCAUUGCCCAGGAGCAAAACCGGAUGUUGGAAAUGGGGAUAACUGGCCCAGAAGGCCAUGUGCUAAGCAGGCCGGAAGAGCUGGAAGCUGAGGCUGUGUUCCGUGCCAUCACCAUUGCCAGCCAAACCAACUGCCCCCUGUACAUCACAAAGGUCAUGAGCAAGAGUGCAGCUGAUCUCAUCUCACAAGCCAGGAAAAAAGGAAAUGUAGUCUUUGGUGAGCCCAUCACUGCCAGCCUUGGUAUAGACGGAACCCACUACUGGAGCAAGAACUGGGCCAAGGCUGCUGCAUUCGUGACAUCCCCGCCUUUGAGCCCGGACCCAACCACUCCUGACUACAUCAACUCCUUGCUGGCCAGUGGUGACCUGCAACUCUCUGGCAGUGCCCACUGCACCUUCAGCACUGCUCAGAAAGCCAUUGGAAAAGACAACUUCACAGCCAUCCCCGAGGGCACCAACGGCGUGGAGGAGCGGAUGUCAGUCAUCUGGGACAAGGCUGUGGCCACCGGGAAAAUGGAUGAAAACCAGUUUGUGGCCGUGACAAGCACAAAUGCUGCCAAGAUCUUUAACCUGUAUCCCCGCAAGGGGAGAAUAUCCGUGGGUUCCGACAGCGACCUGGUCAUCUGGGAUCCAGACGCCGUGAAGAUAGUCUCUGCUAAGAACCACCAGUCGGCUGCCGAAUACAACAUCUUUGAAGGCAUGGAGCUGCGUGGGGCGCCCUUGGUGGUUAUCUGCCAGGGCAAGAUCAUGCUGGAAGACGGCAACCUGCACGUGACCCAGGGGGCCGGCCGCUUCAUCCCAUGCGGCCCCUUCUCUGACUAUGUCUACAAACGCAUCAAAGCCAGGAGGAGGAUGGCAGACUUGCACGCUGUUCCGAGGGGCAUGUAUGAUGGGCCCGUGUUUGACCUGACCACCACCCCCAAAGGGGGCACCCCUGCGGGCUCUACCCGGGGCUCUCCCACCCGGCCCAACCCACCCGUGAGGAAUCUCCAUCAGUCGGGCUUUAGCCUGUCAGGCACCCAAGUGGAUGAGGGGGUCCGCUCAGCCAGCAAGCGCAUCGUGGCGCCCCCUGGAGGCCGCUCUAAUAUCACAUCUCUGAGUUAAGCAACCUCUCCCCAAAGGGGGACAGAAGCAAGAAGAGAUUUUCUCUGAAGCCAAAUUGGUACACCAAUAUUUAAGCAGGAAAGCAAGUCUAAACGGUUGCUAUCUAAAGAAUCAAGAAGCCUCAAGCCUUAUGUCUCUCCAUGUUAAGCUCGCUUGCUUAGCUUUACGAAUAUUGCUUUGUUUUGUUUAUGCAUAGCCUUGAUUUGUUGGAUCUUCUGCCCCAUUUACAUGCAUGCAAUCAGACAGGCCGCUAAGGUUAAAAAAAAAGUCUGCUAUAUUCUAGUGUUGAGAGCGUGUGUAGUGCUGCAUCUUACGACAAGGGGACAGAUGAAGCUGGGAGGUCAGGGAAAAGAACAAAGGGGACGCAGGUUAUUUGGGGCAAGGGGGUGGUGGGAACCAAGAGCAAGGUGGAGGGCACAGAGGGGACGGGGUCGGGUGUGUAGGAGGGAGGUGGGUGGGCUGGGUGAGCAGAGGGGGUGUUGUGUACUGUGUUGAUGCACGUUUAUUUCCGGAGGGGCCACUUCUGGCAGCUGUCACUUACUGUGGUCCCUGAGGAUCUGCAGAGAAGGUAGACUAGUCUUUGGGUUCUGGGUUUGUCCUGUCCCUUCCUAGGAGAUUUUGUUUCUUUGAACAUUUAUUAAAACACCAAAAACCCAACCAGUCCUUCCACCUGCUUGAUUAUACCAGUGUUUGUUUGGGCCUCUUUCUCGGUGUUGCUUUCAAAUCCUCCUCAUUCCUGGGUGGGGAAGGUUGGAUCAAGAAGAGCAAAUGAUGCACCUCUCCCCUUGUCCUCCCCACCUCUAUGGUGCUCUUAAAAGGCAAAAGAGGAAAUAGCACAGGCUCUUGGGUGGAGGCAGCAGAAGCUGAGAUGCACCUCUUGACCAGCUGCUGGGGGGGAGGGGGUGUUGCUGGGUGGCACCCACCUUGGAGCUUUAGCUCCAAUGGGCGCAAAGAAGGAAGGGCCUCCGUUGCCAGUGGUGGGUGCAGGGUUCUCUUGAUCUCUGAGAACCACGCACAUUGGUGACUGCAUAGGAUUUUUAAAUCAAUUUUGUUUUAGUUUCUUAACUUUUACUAUUAAUAGGUACUGUCAACUUAUGUGGGAAUCAAGCAGAAUUUGAGAAAGCCAGUCCUAACCAGAGAGAACAUAUUUGCAAGCCUGGUUCUGUUUCUCAGUUCUAAGCCAUCAGUGUCCUCUUGCAUUAGCAGAUCCUUGGGGAAACCUUUGUUUUGUUACCAAAAUCUGAGUUGCAGUGACAUAUGACACAACGUGCUUUCCUGAUGGGGUACAGGAAGGGAGUUAGUGGAGUGUUCACAUAGCCUGUCUGUCAGAGCAGUGUCCAUGUCCUUCUCAGGUCCCCCCCACCCUGGUAC